UCCACGUGCUGCUGUUAGACAGCGGUGCUGUUACACGGCACUGCUGUACGGCUGUUCUCCCACUGCCCCACCCCAGAGGUGACUGCAUCUUGGCACCGGAAUGGGCUGUGCUCCUGGUGCAGUUGCUGGAGAGAAGCAGCUGGCCCAGGCUCUCACCCUGUUGCACAACUGGACCAGGGCGGGGAGGUCACAUCCUGCCCCUUCCUUGCCCAGAUGUUCCCACUUCCCCUCUGGGCCCUGCGCUCCUCUCUGGGCAGAGAGGCCAGGCUCCAGCACUGCUCCCUGCAGACGUGGGAGCUGGGUCUGAUGCCAGGAGGGACAAGUAGGGGAGCCAGGCUGCUGCACCAUGGAGCAAGGGGCCCCUGGCACCAUUCUGCUGACCCAAAUCUCGCCCCCCAGCACCAGGCCAAAGCCCCUGGAGAAGUUCCAGCGGGGUGAGCCGCUGGCCGUGGGGGUCACGCAGGUCCUCACAGGCAUCCAGCAGGUCGCGUUCGGAACCGUCCUGAUCUUGACAUUUGACUUCCACUACCCUGCUCUUCACCUGGGAGCAGUUGUCUGCACUGGCCUCCUGUGCGUGGUCUCGGGCUCCCUCUCUGUGGCGGUCUCCAGGAACCCCAAGAUCCCGCUGAUGAAGAUGGAGCUGGCCUUGAACUCAGUGAGCACGGUAGUGGCUGGCGUGAGCAUCGUGAUGCUCUGCUUAUCCGUGAUGUUCACCCACAAUGCCCACUCCUGCUACUGGCACCAGGGCAAGAGGACCUGUGACUAUCCCCCCACAGAGGUCCAGGACAUCCUGCUCGCCCUCAGCCUGGUCCUCAUGGCGCUGACGCUGCUGCAGCUCUGCCUGGCACUGACCCGUGCAGCCUUUGGGUGCAAAGCCAUCUGUCGGGACAGCUACCUUGACUUGGCUGUGGUGAUUUACCAGGACACAGCACGUCCCACUGACCCCACCUGCACCGCAACGUCUGGGACCCUGUGAAAUUCUCGCAGGACCAGCCAGGAUCAUGCUGGGCACAGAUCAGUGCUGGUUCUAGGAACAAGGAAGCAGAGACCGGAGGGUGUGUCUGUCUGUACCAGCAGCGUGAGCCUGUGGCACAGGAACAGCCACUGUAGCGAAAACCCCAGGUGGUUGUUUUUUUUUACUUACAAAUACAUUCUCUCUCCUUCUCCAAA